UCAAUUUCUUACCAGCUCUCCACUUCUUCACACAAAGCAACCGCACUACAAUUCCUUAUCCAGGCCAGGUUUCAAGUUUGCAAUUUAAUGUCGGUUCCAGGACAUGAACUGCCUUCAUAAGCCUCCCCUUCACGAUUGUUCUCUCUGCUUGAUUCUUCUUAUGCUUCUCGAUGCAGGUCUCUCUCAAUUUCUUACCAGCUCUCCUCUUCUUCACACAAAGCAACCGCGCUACAAUUCCUUAUCCAGGCCAGGGAGGUUCGCGAAUGCUGAAGCCAAGCCUUCCAUUGUAGUUGUGAAAAUAGAAAGUGAUCUUUCCCCUCUUUCUUUUUUGAUUUUUCUGGGAUUGCGUAAAGAGAUUGAUUUGCCUUCCAUCUAUCUCGAUGUUAUGUUUCUAUGGGAAACAAUGAAAGAGAUGGAAUUUUACUCUUUCUAUUGCUAAAUUAGGUUGUAAUGACAUUAUUCUUUUGCACCCCCAUGGUUAAUACAGGUUAUCACGUGAUUCACGAGGGAUGCCCAGGUACAUGCUAUUCACUUUGUUCUUCAAAUAGUGAUUCGAUAUGACAGAGGAAAUCGUGCCUUUGACAAGAUGAAAGAUGGUAAGUUUUGAAAACCCCAAAUAUUGGUUUUGCUCUAUUUGUUGAAUUUGUUUCCUUCCGGAGAGAGGCGAUAGCAAAUGAUAAUGAGAAGAUCUUGAAGCUGAGAGAUAGAUCUUGGAGAGGCAAUGGAGAAAUUCAAUGAAAGAAAUGAAACUUUAAAAUAGAGGAAGAAGACAUAAGCAGCAAACUAGCAAAAUUAGAACUCAAAGAUAAGGUAGGUGGUGCUACUUUAUUGUGAAUUUUACUACCUAGAUGUUGACUAUUGCGCGUGAACGCUUGCAAAUUUUUAAUGUUAAAUAUGAAGUAGCCUGCCCAUCUUGAUGUUUGCUAGGAUGGAGCCUUAAAACAUGCAGAGCUGCACAUCGAGAGGUGAUCUUUCAAUCUCUAUAAAUUCAGCUGUUCUUCCUACCUAUAAAGUCUAUCAUAAACUAUUUAAAGAAACUUAGGUGAAUUGGGUUGCAUA